ACUUUAGCAUAGCGAUCCUCUCAUCCUCCUCUAUAUAAUCACUGAUCUCCCUAUCAUCCUCUUCUCUCCACCAUGGGCAGCAUGAAGGUGCAUCAGUUCACACGUGGAUUAAUCUGGGAGCACGAACCUUUCCUCACACUUGGCUGCAAGAGAUUACGCCCUCUUGCUCCCAAGCUUCCCAACACCAAAACUAUCACUACCCCUUUCGAUCUCAAGAGCUUCAUCAGGCCCGAAAGUGGCCCCAGAAAACCCGUUUCCUCUGACGACACUAAGAAGGAUCCACCUUCACCCCAAGGCCAGAUUGAAACGCACCCAGGAGGGACACGGUGGAAUCCUACGCAAGAACAGAUAGGCAUAUUGGAGAUGUUGUACAAAGGAGGGAUGCGAACUCCGAAUGCUCAACAGAUAGAGCAGAUCACUGUCCAGCUUGGAAAGUACGGCAAGAUCGAAGGGAAGAACGUGUUCUAUUGGUUUCAGAAUCACAAAGCACGCGAGAGACAAAAGCAGAAGCGCAGCAGCCUUGCAUCUUCUCAUAGUCCUCGAACUCCCACAAUUCACAGUGUUGUUACUUUGGAGACAACAAGGGGGGAAGUGGUAGAGAGAGAUCACGAGGAAGAUAGUCCGUACAAGAAGAAGUGCAGGAGAUGGGUAUUUGACUGCUUGGAAGAACAAAACAUGUCAUCACCUUGUGAACAAGAGGAACAUAGAACUCUGGAGCUUUUUCCAUUGCACCCGGAAGGCAGAUGAAGGGGUUUGAGUUUGAUUGACCAUUUAUCUAUCAUUUUUCACUUUGCUUUAGUUCCGAAUCGCAGCUGAUUAUUGAAUGAAUGUGGUUUAAUUAAUUUGCUUUACUUUUCUUUUUUCUUUGUAUUGGGAAAGAAGAAAGACAAAGUUGUCUCUGAUCUGUACUCUUCCACUUAAUGCUAUUCCUGACUUUGGAACCAAACCAAAGCGAUUUGUCUCCCUUUAUUUGUUGAUUUCAGCUACAUCGGUGUGUGGCUUUGAAAACGAUGGA